AUGCUCAUGCAGUUGCCGUGCCACGCCCAUGCCGCCUACAACUGCACAUCGCCGCCGAACUUUAACAAUUUCGACAUCAACUCGUGUUGCCGCACACCGGAAAUCAAUCUGGGCAACGUGCCACAAAAGUGCCAGAAGCACGUAAAUCAAUUGAAAUCGGCUAAUGAAAAAUAUCCGGCGUAUGCGCAUCUGUGCUAUCCGGAUUGCAUUUAUCGCGAGACGGGCGCCCUGCUCAAUGGCAAAUUGCAAAUGGAUAAGGUUCGGGCAUUUCUACAGGAGCAUGUGCAUCGACGAGAUCGCGAAAUUGUGCCACAUAUUGUGCGCUCCUUUGAGACCUGCACGGACAACAUUCAUGGACACAUGAAGUCAAGCAAGCAGCAGACCUACAAAGUUCUUCCCCAGGGCUGUUCUCCCUAUGCAGCCAUGAUCUACAGUUGCGUCAAUGCGGAAACCUUCCUCAACUGUCCCAGCAAAAUGUGGAAAACGGAUGAAGCUUGCAACGUGGCCAAAGAAUUUGCUCAGCAAUGUAAUCCCCUGCCGCAUGUGCCGCUGCCCAUUAGUUAAGCAUGAUUAACUUAUCAUU